CCUGUCCCACCCACAUUCUCGUGUCGCUUCCGGGUGGCCACACAACACCAGCAGCGAGUUGUCGUUAUCUCAGUGCUGUCAACAAAAGUUACCGAACGGCCCCGCUCCCGCCACACAUUCAACGAAAAGACAUGCAUAUCAAAACAGGUACAUGGGAAGCCAACAACACCGUGUGUGAGUCCGAUACCCUGUGUGACCCAGCCGUCCUUGUUUCAGCCACUAACUCUGAACCACAUAUUCGAAACCGCCGUCUGUCCCCCGGCUCAGGAAACUGCGGAGGUGGUGGGGGUGGUUGCAUCUCUGGAGGUGACCAGCAGCCCCGGCAGCUUUCACCUGAGGGUGAUCUGAUUGCACCCGGUCACACGCACGCCUUCACCUUCCGCAGGGAAAAGGAGCGGAAGGGUCAGCAGCACAAAGGCCGCAGCCUCCGCAGGGAAAGUCAGAAGGGAGUGAGAGUGGGCGAAAGGCCUCAAAAGGUUAACCAAAAGGAGAGGUGGGUGGAGGACAGUCUGUCACUGCUCAAACCCCCACCUGCCUUCCCCGUGCAGGACAGCCCUGCAAAGCUGCAGCCUGCUGUCAGCUACGCUUCCAAGGUGAAAGCGGGAGCAGUAAGCGGCGCGCUGGAGGAGGAUCGCCCCCUCAUCGGUGUUCUACUACAGAACCAGUGGGGUCUCAGUUUCAUCAGUGAAGCGAGGCCCGUCGCAGAGGGCUCCAGCCCUGCUGCCAACGCCCUCCCACCUCAGCCCACAGACGCUAAACAGUCAGAAGACCUACAGUUCGACACAGCUAUCAUAGUCCAGGGUCCUGAAGACACACCAGGUCCAGUCACUACCUCCCUCCCCCCCAACACACACCAAGAGGUGAACGAGAGCAACGGGAAGCUACUGCUAAGCUGUCGCCAUCUAGUGGAGGCAUUGAACUAUCACAAUAGAGAAUGGAAUUCUAUGUGUAACAGACAGAAAAAAGAUCCUAACCGGAUUGUGUGGUAUAAGGAAACCCAGGAUCACCCAGCCUAGCAGUGUGAGGAACCCAAAGCAAAUCCCAACACAACACACGCCUACAUGCACAUUCAAAACAUGUAAAGAUGGACAACUUUUUGAGUCCUGUUCACACACACUGCACUCAGGUUGAUGUCUUCACGCAAAGCCACACUGAGACACUUUGGACUAACUCCUCUGAGAUCUUGCAGCAAUGGACUUUUUUAACGCCUUACAGAGAGCCUGCCUUAAUUAAUCACAUGUUUUCAUCGCCUCAUUACCAUUUUUAGCUUGUAUGUGUAGAGCUGGUCUAUUUUUUUUUUUCUGUUUUUUUUAAACAAUCUGAGGAAGUAUAACAAUUUUUCCUCCCAGUCUGAAAGCUGCAGUUUUAUCAAACUAUCUUCUUUCCUCUGUAAAAGCGAGUGGUCAAUCAAGCACUUUGUUAAAAAAAACUGUUGUGACCAAUCCCUGUGUGCUAGAAGCCCUCACCAGAGUGAUUUACAACCCCCCCCCCCCCCCAAUUACGAACAGAAUGUCUUGUAUCUGCUUGAGUUUUAUGGUUCAUGUAUGCAGACGACUUCCGUGUCUUCAGUUUACAGAAGGGUGUAUUCAAUGGCACAGUAAGAGUUCACACUUUACCCCUGUCAGAUCUUAAUGCUGUGUUACUUUCUUUGUUUUUAUUUGGUUCCCUAAUUGGGUGAAUGUUACUCAUGAAUCCAUAAGAGAUCUCACCAUGUCCAGUAUGUUGAUUUUUGAAAAGAAUUUAUUGAAUAAAAAAAAUUUACACUGGAGAAGGGGAAAAUGUAAGUGAACGGUAUUGCUCAAUAAAAAUGAAUAAACGUGAUAUUUUCCA